AUGAAACUUCUGUGUGAAGCCCUGAAACGGCCAAACUGUAUAUUACAUAGACUGAGGUUGUACCGAUGCCUUAUCUCUCCUGCUUCUUGUGGGGCCCUCGCAGCUGUCCUUAGCACCAAUCAGUGGCUCACCGAGUUGGAAUUUUCUGAAACAAUACUGGAAGUUUCCGCUUUAAAGUUUCUCUGUGAAGGCUUAAAAGAUCCAAACUGUAAAUUACAGAAGCUCAAGUUGUGUGCCAGCUUUCUUCCAGAAAGUUCAGAGGCUGUUUGCAAGUAUCUCGCCUCUGCUCUCAGAUGCAACUCAAACCUCACUGAGCUGGACUUGAGUGAGAAUCUCCUGGGAGAUAAAGGGGUGAAGUAUCUUUGUGAAGGUCUCAGACAUUCCAGCUGUAAAGUGGAGAAACUAGACUUGAGCACAUGCAGCCUCACUGAUGCGAGCUGUGUGGAGCUCUCGUCUUUGUUGCAAGUGAGUCAGACUUUGAAAGAACUGUUUGUGUUUGCCAAUGCCCUGGGAGACACUGGAGUACAGCAUCUUUGUGAAGGUCUGCGGCACGCAAAGGGUAUAAUUGAGAAUCUCGUGCUGUCUGAAUGUGCCCUCUCGGCCAUUUGUUGUGAACCACUUGCCCAAGUCCUCAGCUCCACCCGGAGUCUCACCAGGCUGCUUCUAAUCAAUAACAAAAUUGAAGAUUUGGGACUGAAACUGCUGUGUGAAGGGUUGAGACAGCCUGACUGUCACUUAAAGGAUCUGGCAUUGUGGACCUGUCACCUGACAGGAGCCUGUUGUCAGGAUUUGUGCAGCACGCUCUACACCAAUGAACAUCUGAGAGACCUUGACCUCAGUGAUAAUGCCUUAGGGGAUGAGGGCAUGCAGGUGCUAUGUGAAGGGCUGAAACACCCUGGCUGCAAAUUACAGACCCUUUGCUUCUGGAAAAUUUUCUUUGUACACUCAUGCUUUUCAGGUCAGGUUACUAUGGUGCAAGUGACCAUCCCAGAUGGUGUCAUGAGCGUGAUUGUUGGAUCUAAUGUCACUCUUGUCUGCACCUACACCACCAGUGAAGCCUCCUUGGACAAACUUGUCAUCCAGUGGUCUUUCUUCCGUAAGGAGUUGCAGCCAACUUCCCACAGCUCGUGCCUCAAUACAGAGGGUAUGGAGGAAAAGGCAGUCAGUCAGUGUCUAAAAAUGGCGCAUGCAAGAGACGCUCGGGGAAGAUGUAGCUGGACCUCUCAGAUUUACUACUCUGAAGGCGGGCAAGCUGAAGCCAUUGGGCAAUUUAAAGGUCGAAUUGUAGGGUCCUCUGAACCAGGUAAUGCGUCUAUCACCAUUUCUAAUAUGCAGCCAGCAGAUGCCGGACUUUACAUCUGUGAUGUGAACAAUCCCCCAGACUUUGCUGGCAAAAACCAAGGCAUCCUCAACGUCAGUGUGUUAGUCAAACCUUCUAAGCCCUUGUGUAGCAUUCAAGGACUACCAGAGACCGGUCACCCUGUUUCUCUCUCUUGCCUCUCAUUGAUUGGAACACCUACCCCUAUGUACUACUGGUAUAAACUGGAGGGGAAAGAUACCAUUCCAGUGAAAGAAAACUUCAACCCAGCUACCGGAACUUUGGUUAUUGGAAAUCUUACACAUUUUGGACAAGGUUAUUACCAAUGCACAGCUAUCAACAACCUUGGCAAUAAUUCCUGCGAAAUUGAUCUAACGGUUCCACAUCCUGAAGUUGGCAUCAUUGUCGGGGCUGUGGUGGGUAGCUUGGCAUGCGCUGCUAUUAUCAUCUCUGCUGUGUGUUUCGCAAGGAGCAAGGCAAAGGCAAAGAAGAGAAAUUCUAGAACCACUACAGAGUUGGAACCUAUGACACAGGUAAACCAAAGUACGGAGUGCGAGACAGUGCCACCAGAAGAAGCCAUCCAGACAGAAGCACGUCAGGCACCUUCUACUCUUGAGACUCACCCAACUACUAUCCUGGAGGCAGACCAUGAGGCUGCCCCCAAGCUGGAGCCUGCUUCAGGGCCUGAGCGUAUGCCAGUUCCUGACUUUGAAAUUGACCUUGGGCCGGAGCUGGAGUCAGAGUCAGAGUCGGAGCUGGAGCCGGAGCCGAAGCCGGAGCCAAAGCUGGAGCCGGUGCCGGUGCCAGAGCCAGAGCCAGAGCCGAAGCCGGUGCCGAAUCGGGUGCCGGAGCCAGAGCCAGAGCCUGAGGUUGCAUUUGAACCCCUGUGA